AGGAAGAAAGUUGUACCCAAGGAGGCUCUAAGGAGAGGGAGGAGGAGGAAGAGGAAAGGGCCGGGUGGUGGCUGGUGUAGGCGGCAGCUGUAGGUUGUUCGGCGGCAUCGGCGAUUCGUUUCCCGGCGGACGAUGGACAGCCAGGGCAGGAAGGUGGUGGUGUGCGACAACGGCACCGGGUUUGUGAAGUGUGGAUAUGCAGGCUCUAACUUUCCAGAACACAUCUUCCCAGCUUUGGUUGGAAGACCUAUUAUCAGAUCAACCACCAAAGUGGGAAACAUUGAAAUCAAGAAUAACAAAAAGAUGGAUCUUAUGGUUGGUGAUGAGGCAAGUGAAUUACGCUCAAUGUUAGAAGUUAACUACCCUAUGGAAAAUGGCAUAGUUCGCAACUGGGAUGACAUGAAACACCUGUGGGACUAUACGUUUGGACCGGAGAAACUUAACAUAGAUACCAGGAACUGUAAAAUCUUACUCACAGAGCCCCCGAUGAACCCAACCAAAAACAGAGAGAAGAUUGUAGAGGUAAUGUUUGAAACUUACCAGUUUUCUGGUGUGUAUGUAGCCAUUCAAGCAGUUCUGACUUUAUAUGCUCAAGGUUUAUUGACUGGAGUAGUAGUGGACUCUGGAGAUGGUGUGACUCACAUUUGCCCAGUUUAUGAAGGCUUUUCUCUCCCUCACCUUACCAGAAGACUGGAUAUUGCUGGGAGAGAUAUUACCAGAUAUCUUAUCAAGCUGCUUCUGUUGCGAGGAUAUGCCUUCAACCAUUCUGCAGAUUUUGAAACGGUUCGCAUGAUUAAAGAAAAAUUGUGUUAUGUGGGGUAUAACAUUGAGCAAGAGCAGAAACUGGCCUUAGAAACCACAGUAUUAGUUGAAUCUUACACACUCCCCGAUGGCCGCAUUAUCAAAGUUGGAGGAGAGAGAUUUGAAGCACCCGAAGCUUUAUUCCAGCCUCACUUGAUUAAUGUUGAGGGAGUGGGCGUUGCUGAAUUGCUUUUUAACACAAUCCAGGCAGCUGACAUUGAUACCAGAUCUGAAUUCUAUAAGCACAUUGUGCUUUCUGGAGGGUCUACUAUGUAUCCUGGGCUGCCAUCACGGUUGGAACGAGAACUAAAACAGCUUUACUUAGAACGAGUUUUAAAAGGAGAUGUGGAAAAACUUUCUAAAUUUAAGAUCCGCAUCGAAGACCCGCCCCGCAGGAAGCACAUGGUGUUCCUGGGCGGCGCAGUUCUAGCAGAUAUCAUGAAAGACAAAGACAACUUCUGGAUGACCCGACAGGAGUACCAAGAAAAGGGCGUCCGCGUGCUGGAGAAACUCGGCGUGACUGUUCGAUAAACUCCAAAGCGUGUUCCCAUCACACCCCUAACGCUUUCUUUUUUCCUUUAUUGCCAAUCUUUGAACUCACUAAAUUCCAGGACAUGGAAGGAGGGCCUCUCUUUGGCCUUUGACUGGAAAGGUCAGGUUUUAUUCUGGUGUCUUGGGGAAGCUUUGUUAAGUUUUUGUUCAGUGGGUAAAUCUGACUGUUUAAUUCAACCACUUCCUUACAAACACAAGGAGAGGGCAAAGGGUCCUGUCUGCUGCUUUGUUUCUUCCUGUAGGCAUUUAGAUCAUUCCUGUAGGCUUCCUAUUUUCACUUUACUGCUCUAAUGCUGCUAGUUUUAGCACACUAGGUGGUAUGCCUUUAUUAGCAUAAGAAAAAACUACCAGGAGCUUUUACUAGUUAUUGGGGUGGGGGUGGUGAGGGAUGGGUGGGCAGCUGCUGAACCCUUUAUGGCAUUUCCUCUGUAGUGUGGCGCUUUCAACAGUUCUUGGUACCGUCUUAAGUACCUUAAAGCUCUAGUAUUAACAUUUGAGAGAAAUAUUAGGCUCAGAACUAAAGUGUUUUGUGUGGAUUUUUGUGUAGGGGUGAGGGGAUGUUGUCUUUUGAUUUUUUUAUUUUUGAGCUUUGUUGCUCAAAUAAUGAACCUUAUUUACAGUACUUUGAUUUGGCAGGUUUUCUUUUACUUUUGGUCUGCCUGGAACUGUUUCUCUAUGGUACAAAAAACCAGGAUAGUAUCCCAUUACCAUGUGGCUUAGGGAUUUGAUUUUUUAGCAUCAACCAUGUUAUCUGGAACUAGACUCCCUAAAAUCUAUCAAUGGAAAAGUAACAUUUUAAAAAUACUGUUGGCGAUUUAAAUUACAGAUUUAAAAAGUCCUUAAGAGCGGGUGUUUUCUAAGUGCUUCUUCUGCUUAUACCAGAAGCAUUAAGGUAACCCAGUGCCAAGUACCAUACUUGCAAAAAAAUUAUUCUUUUAGUAAGUAACUGACCAGUGCUUAUUUAAUAAAAACAAGUAGAUACAUAUAAACAACUACUGGCAGUAGGUUAUAAUUGUGGGAUAAAAAAUAACAUUGAAAUGUGGGACUUGUUGCCAGUUGGGUGAUUUUCUGUUUGGUUUGAUUUGAAACCUGGAAGUGGAGUAAAAUUUGAGUAUGUAAAAUGUUGGCCAGGAAAAAGAAAAUCAAGAUUUAAAUUUGUAUCUGUACUGAAAAAUUAAUCAUAAUGACUAAAUCUCAGCCAUCCUAUGUUACACUUGAAAGAAAGAGAUUUGGUAAUUUUUAAAUGUUAGCAAACUUCCCUGCCUAUUUCAGAAAAUCAUAUUUAUGAAUCCUGUCAGAAUUUCUUGGUAUCUGAAAAAAAUAUCAAAUAGUACUCAGGCCUGAAUUCUUUCUAAAUUCGAAAAAUAAAGUAAUAAAUUGUAUUGCACUAAGUACAAAAUGCAGAUUCUGAAAAAAAUGUUUUUGUUUUUUCAUUUCAAGAAGAUUUUUAUUAAUGAAAAAAGAGCUUUGCUUUGAAAGGAGAAGCUUUUUUAAAAAUUUUUUUUGGAUAACAAAUUGGAGAAAUUAUUGGCUUCAGAAAGUCUCUUGUGAGAAAACUGAAAAAGUCAAUUUAUUUUAGUUUUCAUUAUGCAGCUUCUGUUAAUAUUAAGUAUUUUUUCUCUGUUUUACCUCAAUUUGAACAAAUAAAAGAAGUUUGCCUGCAUGCUGGACAUGCUUCAGUACAUGUGAAUAGCCUAUGAAUAACAUCUACUAGAUUUUAGGAACCUGGAUGUCAAGAGUACUUUGGAAUUCUAAAGUGUUCCUGAAUCAUGUUCUUAGAAAUCCCCCCAGCGUUUUGAGUACUGGACUGUCUAAAGGACACAAAUAUAGGACCAGUACCAACUAAGCUGUUCAUUUCAGGUAAAUGGAUUGACUCUUGGCCCUUGGCCAUGACUUUAUAAUACGGGGGCAGAAAACAACAAAAAAUGGGAUGGGCUCUUAAAUAAAACAGUGGAAGAGCAUUUAUCAUCUGUCCCUUGAAUGUAGAAUCUGGUUUUAAUUUCAUAAUCUGCUAGCAAACAUGACAUUAAAAUGGUAUAUUAAUAUAUAUAGUAUAAUUUUAAAUUUUCAUUUUAUAAUUUUCCUAUUCCAAGAUGAAAUAAUGCAUUUAGUAGUUUGGGGGGUGGGUGGGGGCGGGGGUUAUGUUUAAUUGGAAUUGUCUGGUAUGAGUUUCUCAAAUUUUUUCUAUUUUAAAAGAGAUCUGAUUUUUAGCUCUUAAACCAUUGUCAUUUAAAUUUCCAAAAAUGAUUAAAAUUAUUUUAAAAUUAGAGUUACCAAUACCUUGACCCUAUAUUUAAAUCUUUUUCUUUAAAAUGUGGUAUUGGACGUUAACUUUUACACAGUUCUGAGCCCUGUUAACAGUAUCAGGCAAGUAUUUUGAGAGCUCAGUGGCGAGUUAAACAUUCUGAACUUAACAUGACUACACUUUUUGAUUCAGAAAAU